AUUUUGUAUAUUCAAUAUAAAAGCUACGAAGAAUGCGUUUACCUAAAACGUACCCUUUUUCAUGGUCUCUCUGAAAACUAUUCAGUUAAUUUCUCGAUUCGCAGUGUAAUAACCAAUUCGGGACGUUGAAAACGUCUCUAAAUCAACAAACAUGAAGACCACUGUGUGUGUUUUCGUAGUUAUGCUUGCAGUUACUGCCACAUAUGGCGCCCCUGGGCUCCCUGUCAAUGAAGACGACCAUGGUGAUGCAACCGCUCCUUACUGGAAGGCGAAGCUAGGCUGGAUCCUCGAACAGAUCGGCAAGUUCCUCCAACAGUCAGCUGCCUCUUACUCCUCCGAAGAUGGCGCCGCCACGUCUCAAGAUAUAACCGUCGGGCAGAUUAGGAAAAUAGCGGAGGUGCUCAACAAGGCUGCUGAUGCCAUCGAAAAGGGCGAGAAAUUUGAACUGUUUUGAACAAUAAACCAUUUUUGUAUUCACGUG